AUGGCAGAAUCAUCAAUAAACACAAGUAAUAGUUCAGACCUUAAUUAUGAUACUAAUAGUUUAACUGGAUCAACUCCAUCAUCAUCAGUGUCUGAUAAUGUUACUCAUGAUAUUGAUGACAAUUCUGAAGGUAAAAUUAAUGUUCCAUUCAGUUUAAAGUCUGUUGAAUCUUUGUUAUCUUUAUCCAAGACCGCAACGCAAGAGGAUCUCAAUGAAAUGAUUGAAAAGUGUAAACAAAUGAUAUUAGAUAGUCAAGAAUGUACUGAUGAACGUAAAUGGCUUGUUAGACGAUUAAUCGAACUGAGAUUACGUGCUCAAGAAUUACGAGAAUCAUCAGAUGUUAAUUUAUUUGAAACACAAGUUAUUCUAGGUCAUCAUUUGGUACCACAAAAAUAUCAAAUUCCAAGCACUGGGCCUCUUUAUUGCGACCAUUGCAGUGGUACUAUCUGGAUGAUGUUACAAUCUUGGUAUAUGUGUAAUGAUUGCGGUUUUUCAUGUCAUUGGAAAUGUAUCACCGACAUAAGACGUGUUUGCGCUCACGUGUUAGCUAGUGAAGCCGGUGGUUAUAUUUUUACAAAAGAAAUAUGCCCUGAAAAAGGUUUAUCUGCUCAAGGAUAUAAGUGUGCUGAAUGUCAUACUCGUUUAACAUUUACUGCAUUAAAAGGAUUGUCAUUACCAUGUUUUGGCAGUCCUUUCAAACAACCAGAAUCUGCUUGGGUAGAACCACGACUGUGUGAUUAUACUGGGUUGUAUUAUUGUCAGCGUUGUCAUUGGAAUACAAUGGCUGUGAUUCCUGCAAGAGUAAUAAGAAAUUGGGAUAUGGAGCCUAAGCGUGUUAGCAGACUAGCAGCACAGCUUUUACAAUUAUUAAAUGAACGUCCUGUUCUUUUAUUAGAACAAUUAAAUCCUAAAUUAUUUGAAUUAAAAUUACGUGAAGAGUUACAAAUGAUGAAAAAAUAUUUAGUAUUUUGCCCGGAAGCUGAUAUACAAGGAUUACCAUGGCGUAUUGGAUUACGUACACAUAUGAUUGAAAAUUCUGGUAAUUAUUCAAUAAAAGAUCUCGUCGAUUUUCACAAUGGAGUGUUAAUGGAUGAAAUUCGUGGAGCUUACGAUUUAAUGCGGGAGCAUAUUACUGAAUCAUGUGAAUUAUGUCGAGCCCGUGGGCAUUUAUGUGAAAUUUGUGGCAAUAAUGAAGUAAUAUAUCCAUGGGAUCCAAGUGCUAUUUUAUGUCAGCAAUGCAAUGCCGUCCAUCACCGAGCUUGUUGGUCUAAAAGAAAUCACUGUUGCCCAAAGUGCGCACGUAUUGAAAAAAGACGGUCGACAAAUAAUGAUCAAAAUAAAGAAGAUGAUAUUGAUAGUUAA